AUGGAGGAUCUCAAUGGCGAACAACAAGAAACGGAAUUUGAUCAAUCUCCGGAUGUCGAAUCAGUGGAUGAAACAACUCAAAUCGAACAAUCACAAUCGAAAUCCCUUAUUGACUCCCUUCUGUUCACUGCAAGCCAACAGGAAAACGAGAAGAAUAAGAAGAUAAAAACCAGUCGUCAAAAAGAGCUUGAACGUUUAACAAAAGCAACAAAAUCUCUCUUCAGCUGCUGCGAAGAAUUGAAUAUUGUAUGUGAACGGAUUGAUUCAAUACUAUCAAAUCAUCGAACAAUACUACUUCCCGUUUGUCGUUCACUAGAUAAACGCGAUUCCGGUCGUUUAUCUUAUGAACAAUUUCGACUGAUUAUCCGAGAUCAUUUGCCUGCGAUGCCAUUAGAGGACUUGUUUGUUCUGACGAAAUUGUUUCAAAUCAACGAGUCUAUUGACUAUCGAACAAUGCUUGAUGAUAACAUAAACAAUGGCAUUCGACGUUUCAUUAAACCUUCAUCUGUAUCUCAAUCAUCAGAAGUUAUUCUUGAAACAACCAUUCCAAAAGAACUUCAGCUAAUGCAUAAUGAUCCGUUACAAACUAAUCAUUCUAAAUGUAGAUAUCUCGUAGCGUACCUACGUUUGAUUACUUUCGAUGCUUAUGAUGCUCAUCCUGGUCAUAUAUAUCUGACUAUUCCAGAUCGAAUCAGUAUCUACACACUAUCGAAACUGAUCAUCGACGAAACGAGUAUAAUCACACAAUCCAUAAGUAUUUUUCGCGAAAAUGUACAAGCACGAGAAACUCUUCUCGAUCUGCGAUGUUCACUGCAAAGUCAAGGAUACAUAGGCGCUGACGAAGACGGUACACGUAACCAGCAAUUUCCAAAGUAUAAACUCUACUAUAAUUAUCUUCCAAUGAACAUUUGUCAUCAAUGUCCAAUAUUGAAAUUUAGCUAUAAAAUGAAAUAA